GCCAUGUACGAGCUCAACGAGAGCAGCUUCGACCCCAUCACCUUCGUGCUGACGGGCAUCCCGGGCAUGGAGGAGUCCCACAUCUGGAUCUCCGUGCCCUUCUGCCUGAUGUACCUCACCGCCGUGCUCAGCAACCUGCUGCUCCUCUUCCUCAUCGCCACGGACCGCAGCCUGCACGAGCCCAUGUACCUGUUCCUGGCCAUGCUGGCCCUCUCGGACCUGCUGCUGUCCACCGCCACCGUGCCCAAGAUGCUGGCCAUCUUCUGGUUCGGCGCCCGGGAGAUCUCCUUCGACGCCUGCAUGGCGCAGAUGUUCUUCACGCACUUCAGCUUCAUCGUGGAGUCCUCGGUGCUGCUGGCCAUGGCCUUCGACCGCUACGUGGCCGUGUGCGCCCCGCUGCGCUACGGGGCCCUGCUGACGCCCUCGGCCAUCGCCAAGGUGGCGGCGGCCGCCGUGGCCCGCGGGCUGUGCAUCAUGUGCCCGCCCAUCUUCCUGCUGAAGCGCCUGCCCUACUGCGGGCACAACGUCAUGCCCCACACCUACUGCGAGCACAUGGGCGUCGCGCGCCUGGCCUGCGCCGACAUCCGCGCCAACGUCUGGUACGGGCUCACCACGGCGCUGCUCUCCUCGGGCCUGGACGUGGUGCUCAUCGCCGCCUCCUACGCGCUCAUCCUCCGCGCCGUGUUCCGCCUGCCCACCCGCGAGGCGCGCCGCAAAGCCCUCGGCACCUGCGGCUCCCACCUCUGCGUCAUCCUCAUGUUCUACGUGCCCGCCUUCUUCUCCUUCCUCACGCACCGCUUCGGCCGCCACGUGCCCGGGCAGGUGCACAUCCUGCUGGCCAACCUCUACGUGGUGGUGCCGCCCAUGCUCAACCCCAUCGUCUACGGCGCGAGGACGCGGCAGAUCCGCGAGCGCGUGGCCCGCCUGCUGUGCCCCGCGGGGACGGGCUGUGCCUGCCCUGCCCGGGGGCACGGCUGCUGA